AUGUAUCCAUCUCGAAAAGAUACACCAGUUCUUCGUAAUCUUUCACUCAUCGCUCGUGCUGGUCAGACAACAGCUCUUGUAGGAAAAAGUACAUGUAUAUCACUAUUUCUUCGUUACUAUGAACCUUCAUCUGGUCGAAUAACAAUUAAUGGUCGACCAAUAACAAACUACAAUGUCCAACAACUUCGACAAACCAUUGGAGUUGUCAAUCAAGAACCUAUUCUAUUCGGUAUGAGUAUUUAUGAAAAUAUUCGUUUUGGUAAAGUAAAUGCAACACGAGAAGAAAUUGAACAAGCUGCACGAGAAUCAAAUGCACAUCAUUUCAUCAUGCAAUUACCAAAUAAAUAUGAAACACUUGUUGGUGAACGUGGUAUCCAGUUGAGUGGUGGUGAAAAACAACGUAUUGCCUUAGCUCGUGCUCUUGUCAAGCAACCUACAUUUCUUUUAUUGGAUGAAGCAACAAGUGCACUUGAUAAUAUUAGCGACAAAAUUGUUCAAGACGCUCUUGAUCGAGCAUGCAAAGGUCGUACAACAAUUGUUAUUGCUCAUCGUUUGAGUACAAUUCAAAAUACUAAUCAAAUAUAUGUAUUAGAUAAUGGAAGUGUGAUUGAGCAAGGUACACAUGAAACAUUGAUGGCAGAAGAAGGAGGCAAAUACCAAUCAAUGGUCAAACGUCAACAAAUGGAAAGAUUCGAUGAUGAUAAAGAUGACAUGAUGAGCAUGGAAAACUAUACAUCUUUUGCCAUAUCGGGAUCAAAAUUGACACAACGUAUUCGUUCAAAAGCUUUUGCAUGUCUUCUUCGUCAAGAAAUUGCUUAUUUCGAUCGACCAGAAAACAGCUCUGGUGCAAUUUGUGCUCGUCUUUCUUCUGAUGCAUCAGCCAUUCAAGAGAUGGCUGGUACGCGAUUAGGAGCCAUCUGUGAAGCUCUCUCAAUGACGUUUUUUGGACUUCUACUUGGAUUUCUCAUAAAUUGGCAAUUAACAAUGAUCGCUUUUUGUCCUCUUUCUAUUCUAGCUGCAGUCACUUAUGGUGAGAUGCAGGUUCGUCUAUGGAUGAAUCAACAAUCCAACCAAAUUGUCGAACAAGCAAGCACGAUCGAUUUUCGUGGAGAAAUAAAAUUGGAUCAAGUUAAAUUUAUCUAUCCUAUUCGACCAACAUCGAUUAUUCUCAAUAAACUUCAAUUGAAUAUUAGGUCAGGUCAACGUGUGGCUCUUAUUGGUAUGUUAGAAUUAAAUGUUUCUGUUGAAUGCUCAUUAGGUAAUAUAAUUCGUACAGGUACAUCUGGAUGUGGAAAAACAACAGUAAUUCAACUAUUGGAACGAUUCUACAAUGUCACACAGGGUCAACUAUUUCUUGAUGGUAUUGAUAUUCGACAACUAAACCUACAAUGGGUUCGUUCUCAGUUUGGUCUUGUUAGUCAAGAACCAAUCUUAUUCGAUUUAACAAUUGCUGAAAAUAUAACAUAUGGCUUAGAAAAUGUCUCAAUCGAAGAUAUUAUCAGUGCAGCAAAGAGAGCUAAUAUUCAUCAGUUUAUUGAACAGUUGCCUCAGGGUUAUGAAACAAGAGUAGGGUUGAAAGGUAGUUUUCUAUCAGGUGGUGAAAAGCAACGUAUUGCUAUUGCUCGAGUUCUUAUUCGUCGACCUAAAGUAUUGCUCUUAGAUGAAGCUACAAGUGCCAUGGAUUCACAUAAUGAACAGCUUGUACAAGAAGUGCUUGAGCAAGCUCAAACAGAAGAUUCCAGUCGAACAUCAUUGGUUAUUGCUCAUCGUCUUUCAACUAUUCGUUCAUGUGAUUUGAUUUGUGUACUUGAUGGAGGACAUAUAGUAGAAAGUGGUACUCAUACAGAAUUGAUGCAGCAACGUGGUGCUUAUUAUAAAAUGCUUGCUCAAAACAAUUCAAAAUAA